CACUACAUCUGUUAGUUUUGUUUGGUUUGGCACAAUCAUAAUCUGUACGUCUCCCGUCACCAAAACAAAGUGUAACCUGAUUUUGCCUCGACAAUAGAGCAACUUUUCGGCACUCACAAUACAUGGCGUCAAUUCUGGAUAUACUGGACUCGUCAGUCUCGCCAGUUUAUCUGUUAAACCACGAUGUUGGUCAAAACAUCAGCGAUGCGUUAUACGCCAACUGGAACUCAGACUUAUCAGAGGAAAUAGCACGGCUCGAAUUACCUUCACUAGUUGUCCCAAACUUGAGUGCCCUAAAAUGCAACAACUAUAACUCAGUCACCAAAACAAAGUAUUUGUCGGACGAAUUUGGUGGGGUAGCAGAGCUGAACUGUCCUGAACACGAAGCUUUCCCAAAUAUUGCAUUUAAUAAUGGAGAGGAGAAUAUGGGUAGCGACCUGUACUAUAUACUGGACUCGUCAGUCUCGCCAGUUACUCUGUUUAACCACGAUGCUGGUCAAAACAUCAGCGAUGCGUUAUACGCCAACUGGAAUUCAGACAUAUCAGAGGAAAUAGCACGGCUCGAAUUACCUUCACUAGUUGUCCCAAACGUGAGUGCCCUAAAAUACAGCAACUACAACUCAGUCUCGUCCAGCAGCAAUAUCAAUCGAAUGCCUCCCGUUAAGCCUUCACAUUGUCGCCUAGAUCGGAACGCAAAGAAUAGCGUUAAUGAAUCGAAUGCUUCCAGAUCCAUUGCGCACACUCCCAAAGUGCAGCAUUUUGAAUCAUAUAUCGUUGUUGCUCUCGAGAAUAUUCAGAGGGAAGGAGUAUUCCUACAUAGAAGUACUAUGACGCCUGUGGACAGCACUGAGCAAUCAGAAGAUGCAUCGCAUUUGGAUAAAUGUCAGGGUCAAUUAAUUGGGAAAAACAUCAAAGUCCCCCUUGAAAGUUUCGCAAUUGGUCGUCCUAAACAAAAGAAAACCCACAUCUGUACAGAGUGCAACAAGCAUUUUGAUAGGGCGGAUCAUCUGACCAGACAUUUAAGGAUCCACUUUGGCGAAAAACGAUUUGAAUGUGCAGAAUGCGGUGUUGAUUUCUCGAAGCAAAGCUUAUUGACCCUUCAUGAAAGAAUUCAUUUUGAUUCUAGGUCGUUCACGUGUGACAUCUGCAAGAAAUCAUUUCGGCGUGCGGAAUGUUUGAGGGAUCACAGGAAUAUUCACACUGGCGCAAAGCCGUACAACUGCAAGCUGUGCAAUAAAACGUUUGCCCGACGUUCUACGUUAUCCGUUCAUCGUAAAUCUCACAAAAUGUGCUAAUUUUUGAUAUUUCUUUUAUAUUGGAGCGAGGAGCGACGACGGUGGCGUACUUGCCGUGUACAUUGACAAAAAAAAAACGUUUUUAAUCUGUGUGGAAAGAAAAUCCUUUGUGUUACUGUUUUGUAUGAUUGUAAUUAAAUUCUGAAUAAAUGUCUCGUGUUCGAGGUGUUUGUC